AAUCUCAUUAAAUAAAUUCGUUUUUUCAAAAAAGAAAAAACCGUGGAUUCUCUGUAUCUGUGAGUUUUUGGCUUGUGUUUUGGCCUUUUCUGUUGUGUUUGUAUGUUUGUGGUAUGUAUUAAGAAACUGAAUAAUAAUAGAGGGAGAUAGUGAUGAUGAUGUUGAAUGGAUAUGGUAGAAAGCUUCACUGAAGAAGAAGAAGAAGCAUAACUCAAACAUAAUUCCCACAUGGAAUUUGUUGGGAUCAGUAAUCCUAUUCCAGCAUUAUCAGAUCUCAAGGUUUACUAGCUUAGUCUAUUUUCUUUCUCGAUAAAAUUCCUCUAAUAAUUGAUUGCUGCCUAUUUGGCUCAAACUCUGUAAUUCCAGCAUCUGCAUAAUUGUGUAAUGACAACAGCUUUGGCAUUAAUGAAAGAGCCGGAUUUGUGGUUGCUGUGAAGUGAAAAGAGCAUCUAUCCUUUUUUGGGCAAAUUUGUUCUGAUUCUGAGAGUGUCCCUUUUAUUGUAAGCAAUGUUGAACAAGUGAUAAAGCAACUUCGUUCCCUUUUGUUAGAAGGUAAUUUAGAAAACAAUAGCGGUAGAGAAUGAAGGGUAAAUGGCCUAUACUCUGGCAUGUGGGGCUACUGGUUUUAACAUUGAUGGAGAGUCGUUGUUAUGCUUCUCUUUCCCCUACUGGUAUCAACUAUGAAGUUGUUGCUUUGACGGAAAUUAAGAAGGCUUUACAUGAUCCUUACAAUGUUCUGGAGAAUUGGGAUGUGACUUCUGUAGACCCUUGCAGUUGGAGAAUGGUUACCUGUUCCUCUGAUGGAUAUGUUUCUUCUCUUGGACUACUUAGUCAAAGUUUAACUGGCCCCUUAUCACCUGGAAUUGGCAACCUCACUAAAUUGCAAUCUUUAUUGCUGCAAAACAACGCUAUUUAUGGUCCUAUUCCUGAUGUGGUUGGUAACUUAGAAAAGCUUCAGACACUUGACCUCUCCAACAACAAAUUUGAUGGCAAAAUACCUGCUUCUUUUGGUGACCUGAAGAAUUUGAAUUAUCUGCGAUUAAACAACAAUAGCCUCACUGGAUCCGUUCCACAAUCUCUCUCUAACAUUGGAGGCCUUGCUCUUGUGGAUGUUUCUUUCAAUAAUCUUAGUGGUCCAUUGCCCAAAAUAUCUGCGAGAGUUUUCAAAGUUGUUGGAAAUCCUUUGAUCUGUGGCCAAAGUUCUGGGAACAAUUGUUCAGCAGUCUAUCCAGAGCCACUGUCCUUCCCACCAGAUAGUUUAGGAGGUCUGUAUAUUCACUUCCAUUCCUUUCAUUUGAAAGUGGAAACAAUCAAGCUUAAGGAAACAGACACAGGAGGUUCUGCUAUCUCUAUUGUUGAAAUUGCAUUGUCUUUUUUCUUCAAUUUCAUAGAUCAAAGAGCAGGAAGUAAAAGCCAUCAUGUGGCUGUUGCUUUUGGAGCCAGUUUUGCUGUUUUCUUGGUUAUAAUAGUUAAGGAAACAGACACAGGAGGUUCUGCUAUCUCUAUUGUUGAAAUUGCAUUGUCUUUUUUCUUCAAUUUCAUAGAUCAAAGAGCAGGAAGUAAAAGCCAUCAUGUGGCUGUUGCUUUUGGAGCCAGUUUUGCUGUUUUCUUGGUUAUAAUAGUUAUAGCACUGGUUCUUUGGUGGCGCUACCGGCAUAAUCAGCAGAUCUUCUUUGAUGUCAAUGAGCAAUAUGAUCCAGAGGUAUGCUUGGGUCACUUGAAAAGGUAUGUCUUUAAGGAACUGUGGACUGCAACUGAUCAUUUCAGCUCCAAAAAUAUUUUGGGUAGCGGAGGAUUUGGAGUUGUGUACAAGGGCCGCUUAAAUAAUGGAACUGUUGUGGCUGUCAAAAGAUUGAAGGACUACAAUGCUGUUGGUGGUGAAAUCCAAUUUCAGACAGAAGUCGAGUUAAUUAGUUUGGCUGUCCAUCGAAAUCUUCUCCGUCUUUGGGGUUUUUGUUCAACUGAAAGUGAAAGGCUUCUUGUUUACCCCUAUAUGCCAAAUGGAAGUGUGGCUGCACGAUUAAAAGAUCACAUCCAUGGCAGACCAGUUUUGGACUGGUCAAGGCGGAAAGGAAUAGCAUUAGGUACAGCAAGAGGGCUAGUAUAUUUGCAUGAGCAGUGUGACCCCAAAAUUAUCCAUCGGGAUGUCAAAGCAGCUAACAUUCUGUUGGAUGAGGAAUUUGAAGCAGUUGUUGGAGAUUUUGGGUUGGCCAAGCUCUUGGAUCACCGGGAUUCUCAUGUAACUACUGCUGUCAGGGGCACAGUUGGUCACAUUGCUCCAGAAUAUUUGUCAACGGGUCAAUCGUCAGAGAAGACUGAUGUGUUUGGGUUUGGAAUCUUGCUUCUUGAGCUAAUUACUGGUCAGAAAGCUGUGGACUUUGGACGAGGGGCCAACCAGAAAGGUGUCAUGCUUGAUUGGGUAAAGAAGCUUCAUCUAGAGAAAAAGCUGAACCUUGUGGUGGACAGUGAUUUAAAGAAUAACUUUGACCGGAUUGAACUUGAAGAGAUGGUUCAAGUUGCCCUUCUCUGUACCCAAUUCAAUCCAAUUUAUCGCCCAAAGAUGUCCGAAGUAUUAAGGAUGUUAGAGGGAGAUGGAUUAGCUGAAAAAUGGGAGGCUUCACAAAAAGUGGAGACUCCAAGGUACAGAACUUCUGAAAAUACACCAAAGAGAUAUUCUGAUUAUAUAGAAGAGUCAUCACUAGUUGAAGCAAUGGAGCUUUCAGGACCUAGAUGACAUCUGGUUAUCGUUCUUCUUCCUACACGUUCUUUCCUUAGCUUCCUUGCGUUUCUGAAGUUGGAAAUGAGAAAUAUCUGGUCUUUGAUAGUUGUUGAAUGCAUGUAUUAAAUCUGUAAAAAGAACACAUGGUCAUGUAUAAUUCGGUUCUUUUAGUGAGCAGCUAAGUUCAUAGUCCUUUUUUCA